UCAUGAAGCUUUAGCUGGCGAGCCAUUAGCAUUCAGCUAACACACCAUCGACUAUCUACAAUUCCGCGAGCAGGUUCAUUCAUCCGCCAAAAAUGGAGUGGGCAAGUCAGCUUUGUGAGAACCGAGGCUUGGGAUCCAAGAUGACAGACUCCAAGUAUUUCACCACUACCAAGAAAGGGGAGAUCUUUGAGCUGAAGGCAGAGCUCAACAGUGAUAAGAAAGAGAAGAAGAAGGAGGCAGUGAAGAAGGUCAUUGCGUCUAUGACAGUGGGAAAAGAUGUCAGUGCACUGUUUCCUGAUGUUGUGAACUGCAUGCAGACGGAUAAUCUGGAGCUGAAGAAGCUGGUCUAUCUGUACUUGAUGAAUUAUGCCAAGAGCCAGCCAGACAUGGCCAUUAUGGCAGUCAACACCUUUGUGAAGGACUGUGAGGACCCAAACCCUCUGAUCCGUGCCCUUGCUGUGCGCACCAUGGGCUGCAUCCGAGUGGACAAGAUCACGGAGUACCUGUGUGAACCUCUAAGGAAGUGUCUGAAAGACGAAGACCCUUACGUAAGGAAGACUGCUGCAGUUUGUGUCGCCAAGCUGCAUGACAUUAACGCCCAGCUGGUGGAAGACCAGGGCUUCCUGGACACCCUGAAAGACCUGAUCUCCGACUCCAACCCCAUGGUGGUAGCAAAUGCAGUAGCGGCUCUGUCCGAGAUAGCAGAGUCUCAUCCUAACAGCAACCUUCUGGACCUGAACCCUCAGACAAUUAAUAAGCUCCUGACAGCCCUUAAUGAAUGCACCGAGUGGGGCCAGAUCUUCAUCCUCGACUGCCUGGCCAACUACAUGCCCCGUGACGAUCGCGAGUCACAGAGUAUCUGUGAGCGUGUAACUCCACGGCUGUCCCACGCUAACUCUGCCGUGGUUCUGUCUGCCGUGAAGGUUCUGAUGAAGUUCAUGGAGAUGCUUCCUAAAGAUCUAGACUAUUACGGCACUCUUCUGAAGAAACUUGCUCCUCCGUUGGUCACGCUGCUCUCAGCUGAACCUGAACUGCAGUAUGUUGCCCUGAGAAACAUUAACCUCAUCGUACAGAAACGCCCUGAAAUUCUGAAGCAUGAGAUGAAGGUUUUCUUUGUGAAAUAUAAUGACCCAAUCUAUGUCAAGCUGGAGAAGCUGGAUAUCAUGAUCCGCCUGGCGUCUCAGGCCAACAUUGCUCAGGUGCUGGCUGAGCUGAAGGAAUAUGCCACUGAAGUGGACGUGGACUUUGUGCGUAAAGCUGUACGAGCCAUUGGCCGCUGUGCUAUUAAAGUAGAGCAAUCAGCAGAGCGUUGUGUCAGCACACUGCUUGACCUCAUUCAGACCAAGGUCAAUUAUGUGGUGCAGGAAGCCAUUGUGGUCAUCAAGGACAUCUUCCGCAAGUACCCCAACAAGUAUGAGAGCGUGAUUGCCACUCUGUGUGAGAACCUGGACUCUCUUGAUGAGCCCGAGGCACGCGCAGCAAUGAUCUGGAUUGUGGGAGAGUACGCAGAGAGAAUCGACAAUGCAGAUGAGCUGCUGGAGAGCUUCCUGGAAGGCUUCCAUGAUGAGAGCACACAGGUGCAACUGCAGUUGCUGACAGCUAUUGUGAAGUUGUUCCUGAAGAAACCCACUGAGACCCAGGAGCUGGUGCAACAAGUGCUCAGUCUCGCCACACAGGAUUCUGAUAAUCCUGACUUGCGUGACCGUGGCUACAUCUACUGGCGUCUGCUCUCCACAGACCCUGUGGCGGCAAAAGAGGUGGUGCUGGCCGAGAAGCCUCUGAUAUCAGAGGAGACGGACCUGAUUGAGCCCACCCUGCUGGAGGAGCUUAUCUGCCACAUUGGUACUCUGGCCUCAGUCUACCACAAACCUCCCAGUGCUUUUGUGGAGGGCAGCCGUGGCGUUCAGCACAAGAGACUUCCUGCUCGCGCUGGCUCGAUCGAGUAUGUGUAUCCGAUGUACUCAUCACACCAGCAGAGGGCUGCUUUAGCUACUGCAGUCUACCUUGUACAUUUACAGCCCCAACAUUUUUAUUUACAACCACUGGCAACUAGUGUUGACAUCAGUAAAAUAUGUUCAUUUUGUCAUUACACAUCUUGUAUAAACAGUCCUGGGCUUGCUGCAACCACAUGUUAUUUUUCAGGGAGUUAUGUCAAUAUUUUUAGCAACUGUAAAGUUUUAGAAAUCCCCAGCAUCAUUCCCCUCAUUUCUUCUGCUUUCAUCCAUUGGAAACAUUUCAUCCAUUUCUCAUUCCUGUAUCAGCCGGGUGGCAGGACAGAGGUGCAGUCUCCCCAACCAUCUUCUGAUUAUAGUGAGAGAGAGCUGGGAGGAGACAUCGGCGGAAGCCCUUCGAUGGGUGCCGGUUUGGGGGCGGCCCCAGCAGCCAUGCCUGCCUCUCUCGGUGGUGCUCCUGCUGUUGGAGGUGGAUUGGGAGACCUUUUUGACCUUGGUGGAGGUGUUGGCAUGCCAACAGGAUCCUACGUUGCUCCUAAAACUGCGUGGUUACUGGCAAUGAAGGCUAAAGGGCUGGAGAUUUCUGGGACGUUUGCUCGACGUGGUGGGAUCAUUCAGAUGGAUCUGUCUCUUACCAACAAAGCCAUGAGUGUUAUGACUGACUUCGCCAUUCAGUUCAACAGGAACAGUUUUGGUCUCGCCCCUGCUGGCCCUAUGCAGGUUCUGACUCCUCUGAGCCCCAAUCAGACCAUUGACGUUAGUCUCCCUCUCAGCAUGAGCGGCCCUGUCAUGAAAAUGGAACCUCUCAACAAUCUGCAGGUAGCUGUGAAGAAUAACAUUGACGUGUUCUACUUCAGCUGCCAAUAUCCCCUCAGCCUGCUCUUUGUAGAGGACGGAAAGAUGGAUCGUCAGGUGUUCCUGGCCACCUGGAAAGACAUUCCAAAUGACAACGAGGCACAGUUCCAAAUCAAAGAUAUCCACCUCAACUCAGACGUGGCCAGCAACAAGCUGCAAGGCAGUAAUAUCUUCACCAUAGCCAAGAGAACAGUGGAGGGGCAGGACAUGCUGUACCAGUCUGUCAAACUCACCAACGGCAUUUGGGUGCUGGCAGAAAUGCGCAUACAGACCGGCAACCCCAACUACACGGAAAUGGAGCUGUCAAUAAAAUGCAGAGCGCCAGAGGUCUGUCAGUUUGUGUACCAGUGCUAUGAGUUGGUGCUGAAGAACUGAAGUGGGGGAAACCAACAGGAAACUGCAGUUCCCAGGCAUCGUUUGGGUGGCUGAAACUUGAUUGGACCAGUCAGAGAAAGAACCCCCGCUGGCUUGCAUUUCCCUCAGACUGUGCUUUCAGCAUUGACGGAAUCCCAAGGAAUUUUUCUUCAUUAUUUUGUCCAUUCCCAACACCCUUCUUUAUCCCUCCUGCAAUCCUUAAAAUAUUACAGUUACGGUCUCUCUUCUAAAAUACAACACACAACAUAUAAAGAUAUCAUCUUUAUUUCACAUAUGUGCAGGUGUUCUUCUCAGCAAAUUUCUUUGCCUUUACUACAUGAUUGCUACUGUUUAUCCUGAGUGAUUUUUUCCCCCCUCAUGAAGGUCAAGCAUCAUGCGCAGAAGAUCUCAAGAGUUUUAGACCAGCCUGUAUUCGUCAUCCAUCCAGUUGUAGGAAGGGUGGGUUUACUACAGUUGAGAGAAACCUUUCAACACUGCUGUUUUUAAUUUAGUCUUAAUAAUCAGACAGUGGGUCGCUGGGUUUGUAUUCACACAAACAGUUGUGUGAAUGCUUAAGGUUCAAAUCUUUAUUUAUUAAUUUUUUUCUGUAUUAUAAAGCUCUCCCCGGUCUUUCCUCAGUAAUUUAAGUCUCCCACAAUUUCUUUUAAGGGAAUGCUUUGUGUUUAUCCAGAAGCACUACACAAUUGCCGAGUAAACUUUUUUCUUUUUCUUCAAAAUAUCUCUGUAUUUGCUGAUGACUACGUUCGCAGUCAUGGUUUGCUAUUAAGCUGGGUUUAUUUUUAGUUACUACUGUCUUUUGUGUGCAGUGUAUCAGCUUUGUGUUUGUGUGUCUGAGUUGAAGAUGUAACCUGCUGCAUGUUCUCUUCCUCCUGGCAAUCUUCCCUGUCCUCACUUAUUUCCCCGUUUGUCGAUUUACAUGCCCACAUAUUCAGGGGGGUUGUCGAUUUAGUGUGUGUGUGUGUGUUUUGUUGCAAGCAAGAUAAACUGUUGGAUCUGUGAGGGAGACUCGACUCCUAAGAUCAUCCUGCAGAAAAGUAAUACUUUAUGGUAUGAAUAUCUUUAAAAUCACUCUGAACGCGAUGCAUCAGAUGUCUCCUGCUUUGCAAAACAACUUGUUCACUGAACGUUUCUUCUCUCAUUCUUUACGGGUCAGGGAGAUGUGGUUAAACUUCUAUGUCCAUGUGAUGUUUAAUUUCCUUUUAAACCAUGUUGACAAGGUGGACAGACCUCUCUCAAGCUUAAUGUAAAAUACCACCAGACAAACACUGCUGACCUGAUACACUUAAUGCAGUGUGUGUACACUUAGAAGUUCCCAAAUAACAAUGAUUA